CAAGAACAGACCAAGUCAAUUUACCACAAUUGGAUUGGAUAUGCACGAUUAAUUUUCUAGACUUCCCCAGCAGAAAAGAACCAAUUUUUCUUUUCGUAGAGCUUUCAAGCGGAAGGAAUUGACGCCGCCUCUCGAACGGAACGUGUCCACCCAGCUCCUCGCGUGCGCCUCGACGCCACGCCGGAUAACGCGUCGCACCGCCACGCCGAUUCACACCACACGGCCGCAUACAUCGUCACUUUCUUCGCCUUCAGUUUUCUGCUAGUUCGCGAGCACUGGUGCUGCUAGUCGUCUCGUCUCUUUCCUUCGGAAUCGUUCUGAUCUAUCGACAAGGUUAGGGAGGAGUAGACUUCUUGGAGGAGUAGCGAUUUUGGGUUGUGGUUUCCCGCUUCUUGAUUCGUUCUUGGCGGCAAAUUCGACGCCUUGUUUCGUUUCUCCUUGGAUUUCCGCUUAAUCCGCUUCGCUCAAGGGUGGAGGAAAGAUCGGAAAGAGAGGAUUUUUUUUGGGCGUAGUUUCUUGGAUGUAGGACGCGAGGUCAGAGGGCCUUGGUGCUUGGUGAUUUCGGGUUGUGUUCUUGUGAAGUUUCUGAGGGAUGGGGACUCGGAGGAGGAGGAAUCCGGUGAUAUUCUUCUUCUGGUUCUUCAUGGCGUUCGAGCUGUGUGCGUCUCUGAAUCAUGAAGGUGUCGCUCUUCUGAGGUUUAAAGAGAUGAUAGUUGCUGACCCGUUUGAUGCUCUGUUGGAUUGGGACGAAGGGAACGCGAGCCCCUGUUCUUGGUUCGGUGUGGAGUGCUCGGGUGAUGGACGAGUUAUGGCCCUGAACUUACCGAAUCUUGGUCUGAAGGGCAUGCUACCGCAGGAGAUUGGGAAACUUGCCUUUAUGCAUUCUCUUAUUCUUCACAACAACUCUUUCUAUGGCAUCAUCCCCACAGAGAUAGGAGAUUUACAAGAGUUGAAGGUGUUGGAUCUGGGAUACAAUAAUUUCAGUGGACCAUUUCCAUCAGAUUUAAGAAGCAUUUUACCCCUAGAAUUUCUCUUUCUUAAGGGGAACAACCUUUCUGGUGGCUUGCCAUUGCACUUACAUGAGCUCACCAGACUAUGCGAGUUGCGGGUUCAUCAAGAUAAGGCAUCUACUGCAAGGAAUGAGGAGAAUUCCAUGAUAGAAAGACUGCUAGCAAGGAAACAAAAAUAUUCCCAAAAGGCCAGGGUGCUGCUUGGUUCUGGACCUUCUCCGUUUUCAGGAAUGAUCUGGAAUCCCCCCAAUCCAUCAAUGCCACCUCUCCACAACAGAGAGCCUCUUCAACCGAGACCUCCACAGCCACAACGCCCUCCUGAACCCAUUCCAUCCCCUGCUCCUCCUGUAUCCGCCACUACUAACCAGGCUCCAAGCAAAGAGAGCAAGAGCAGACAUUCUUCAGCAAUAUAUGCAUCCAUUGGAGUAAUGGCUUGUUUGGUUGUUGUGGCCUUGUCAGCAGCAUUCUUCCUCUGGUACCGCCGCAGGAAGACUGGUACUGUGGUGCCCUUUUCUCCAACUGCGAGCGGGCAAUUACAGAACACUACCAUCGGAGGCAUAACUUCAUACAGACGGUCAGAGCUUGAAACAGCCUGUGAAGGUUUCAGCAAUGUCAUUGACACGCUACCUGGAUACACAUUGUAUAAAGGAACUCUGCCGGGUGGGGCAGAAAUAGCUGUCGUGUCUACGGUGGUAACUUACACAUGUGGAUGGACCGCCAUAGCUGAAACACAAUUCAAGAAUAUGGUUGAUGUGUUGUCAAAAGUGAGCCAUAAGAAUUUCAUGAACCUUGUGGGUUACUGUGAAGAUGAAGAACCAUUCACUCGGAUGAUGGUGUUUGAAUAUGUUCCAAAUGGAACACUAUUUGAGCACUUGCAUGUUAAAGAAGCAGAACAAUUGAAUUGGCAGUCACGCUUACGGGUAGCAAUGGGAGUGAUAUACUGUCUGAACUACAUGCAACAGCAGAAUCCUCCUGUACCACUGACAGGGCUAAGCACUUCAUGCAUAUACUUGACUGAAGACAAUGCUGCAAAGGUUUCUGACAUCAGUUUUUGGGGUGGUAAAAAAGAAGAAGUAAAAUCUGACGCUUCGGACGAGCACAACAAAGUUCACAAGUUUGCUUUGCUUCUGCUUGAGACAAUCUCUGGCAGGCGUCCAUAUUCUGAUGACUAUGGCCUUCUAAUUCUCUGGGCACACAGAUACCUCAUUGGUGAAAAACCCUUGAUGGACAUGGUUGACCCAACACUAAAAUCAGUCCCUGAGGAGCAUGUCAGAGCACUCACAGAGCUGGUGAAAUUGUGCUUAAGUGAUGAUCCCAGUGAGAGGCCAACGGUGGCAGAGGUAACCUCACGGAUGCAAGAGAUCACUGGGAUCUCUGAAGAUCAGGCGAUUCCAAGAAACAGCCCGUUGUGGUGGGCUGAGCUUGAGAUCAUCACAUCAUAAAUCCAGCUCACUGUGCGACC